UUUGUUAGUUAUUAACUUUAUAAUAUCAUAAUCAGUAGUUCCGCCUCAACAAGGGUAACUCAUUAGGUUUAAAGCCAUUCCAUUUUAACGGACGGGACACUUUGCACACAAUUUUAGAUUUUAUUUUCAGUUUUUAUGAAGAGUAUCAGGAGAAGUGAAUUUUGCUUUAUAGGAACUUGGUACCAGUCAAAUUAUUUGCAACCUACAAUUAGACCCACAUUUUUAAAAUUUGAAAUACGAGCAGAAAAAAAAUAAAAUCACACAAAAAAGACCUCAUAUUUUCAACAAUCGUGAUAAAAUUUUGUUAAUUUAAAAGGCACUAAUUCGAACAACUAUUUUAGAAGUAAAAGGUGGAACCUGUUGAAACUUUUGAAACCACAAAACCAAAGAAUAAAAGUAAUGUGCAACAACUUCUGAUUAAUUUACUUUUUGUUUAGACAUGACGGACGAAACAAAAAAAUCGACUAAUAACUAAGAUAUGAAUUUUGUGCUUUACUUUUUGCAUGAGCUUGUUCUAAGCCAUUUUAAAAACUAAGGAUUCGCCGUAAUGUAAACAAGACACACUAUGUUGAACUAACCUUAAAUUAAUUAAUGUGGUAAACAAUAAGUACAUUAACGUGGUAGAAUUAGUGUCGAAACUGUCGAGGUUUUCCGUAAUAAAAGUGUUUCAGUUAAAUAUUGUACCAGUUAAAUUAAUGAAGAUUAUUUCCUUUGUCAACUGUUUCAAUGAAUGUGUGAAACGAAUAAAAAUUGCAAGGAUCAUCUGAAACAUACAGAGCACUAAUGCCUAGCUUUAACCAUCGUCAACGAUGGACUUCCUAAUUGGCGGUUUAGCUGCAAUGGGAGCCACUUUUUUCAGCAAUCCCCUUGACGUUCUUAAAACUAGAAUACAGCUUCAAGGAGAACUGAAACCUCGAGGGCAACAUGAAAUCCACUACAGACACGCACUGCAUGCUGCUUAUGUUGUAAUAAAACAGGAAGGAAUUUUUGCAUUGCAGAAAGGACUUGGAGCUGCACUUCUGAUGCAUGGAGUGCGUAACAGUAUCAAACUUGGCUCUUAUCAGUGGUUCACCAAUCAGGGAUAUAUCUGUGACAGUGAUAACAGGACUAUUUUUCACAAAAGUCUCCUUGCUAGUGCUUUUGGAGGGGCAGCUGGUGCUUUUGUUGGAAGUCCUCUCUAUCAAAUUACCACUCAACUGCAGUCGAAUGCUGGAGAGGGGAUUGCGGUGGGACAUCAGCAUAAGCACUCUGGUCUUGUACAAGCUUUCAAAGCAAUAUAUUCAAGGCAUGGAAUGAAAGGUUUAUGGAGAGGUUCCAAUGCAAAUGUUAUAAGGACAGUAGUUGGGGCUUCAGCACAACUAACGACUUUUUCCAAAACUAAGGACAUACUAAGAGAGUACGAAUUCUUUCAAAGGUCUACAACAAUGACUGCUUUUUUCGCAAGCAUUGCUGGAGGAAUUUGCCAGACUGUCUUUCAGACGCCCUUAGAUUUAGUAUGCAUUAGAUUAAAUAAUCAGUAUGUUUACGCCAGUGGACAAGGAGCCUUAUAUACAGGAAUGACUAAUUGUUUGACAAAAAUUAUACAAUCUGAAGGGUUUUUUGGCUUGUACAAAGGUGCUGGAGUUAAUUAUAUGAGGAUAGCUAGACAAACCGGUUUUUGUCUAAUGUUCUGGGAACUUCUAAAGGAUUUACAUGUCAAGCAUUUUGGUUUAAAUAAAAACGGACAUUGUAAUACGAGUAUAUCUGAUGAAAUAAUUAAAUUGUAACUUUCUGUUUA